UCGUCGGUUUUCUAUCGCGUGCACAAGCAGGCGGGAUUCCUAUCAUUUUGCUCAACAAAUAUUUAAAAUUCUCUUAAAACUUUACUUUAAUCGGGUUUUCCCACAGAAUUUAUAAUAGGAAAAAAUGUCGGCGUAUUUUGGGUUACACGUCGGUCGCACCAACUCUUGCGUGUCCGUCUGCAAAGAUGGUAAAUCUGAUGUUGUUGCUAACGAUGCCGGUGAUCGAGUUACUCCUUCAAUCGUGUCUUUUUCGUCUGAAGAAAUUGCUGUUGGUUUACCUGCCAAACAAGGCCUCUUCAGAAACAUGUCUAAUAGCGUUGUAAAAUGCAAAGAGCUUUUGUCCUGGAACGGGGAGGAUGAGGAAUUGGCCAAGCUGCGGUCCACAUCUGUUUGUCCUGUUAUUAUUAAAAACAAAAAACUGUUUUAUGAAGUGGAGGUCGAUGAGAAGAAGAAGCAAUUCUCUCCUGAAGACAUCCUAGUUCACAUUUAUAGGAAGUUGUAUGAUAUUGCAAUCCAUCACUCAAAUGCUGUGGAUGAAUCGAUGAAAGCAGUUGUGAGCGUCCCACUCUCUUUUACAUCUGAACAAAGACAAGCCGUGUGGAAGGCCGCCGAGAAAGCCCGUUUUAACAUAUUGCAAGUGAUUAGUGAGCCCGCUGCUUCUCUACUGGCCUACGGUGUUGGUCAGUCCAACAAACACGAAACUCUGUGUUGCUUGGUGUAUCGUUGCGGUGGAGCUACGCUGGAUGUUUCCGUAGUCAGUGUGCGCGGAGGAAUGUACAGCGUCGUUUCUUCGCUCCAUCGAAAGCAAGGUGGUGACAAGUUCACGGCUCUUGUAGCCAAUUACCUUGCCGACGAGUUUCAAAACAAAUGGAAGUUGGAUCCUCGGGAAAGCAAACGCUCCAUGUUCAAACUGAUGGGGGCUGCCGAAGAAUGCAAACACGUGUUAUCGACGUUGAACACGGCCCACUGCUUUGUGGAGUCGUUGCACGAAGGAGUCGACUUGAGCGCCAAUGUGUCCCGAGCUAGAAUAGACAUGCUCAUCACUCAGCUCUUCCCCGAAUACAUUGGUCCUAUUUCUGAAGCAUUGACGCAAGCAAGUCUGACUGCUGCUGACGUUCACAAGGUGAUCGUUUGCGGUGGAACGGCUAAAAUGCCCAGGCUGCAACAGGCCAUCCAGGAAGCACUGCCCAAUAGUGAAUUAUUAUCCAACUUGACAGCCGACGAAGUCUUCGCUGUGGGUUGCUGUAACCAAGCCGCUGUGAUUGGAGAGCCCUGGGACACGGUGUGUCAGUACAAACAAGUUUCUGUGCCUGCCAUCAGCAAAGCUAUUUCAGUGCGCUGUGGAGACGAAGAGGAGAGUCAAACAACGACGGUGUUUUGCGCUCAAACUCCAUUGUCGUCGCGGUUUUCACUUCCCGUUCCACUUGGCAAGAAACAUAACGUGGCCAUUGUCGACGUGUUUGAGGCAACUGAACUUGUGGCGAAGUUAACUUUAAAAAAUCUGCCAGAAGCACCAAGUGUGGCGGCAAAUUUUCAUCUUUCCAGUGACGGAUCUCUACACGUGACACUGACAGAAAAGAUAACGGGGGUUACAACGGCAGCGACAAUUGGAACAUCAGUCGCAGCAUGACCAAAAAUAACACAAGUGAGGGGGCAGGCUGAAUCGCCUUUAAUUAGGGUUCAAGGAUAAUUGCAACGCCGUUUGACUACUGUAUCCUAUCACAUUCGAUUAAUAAACACUAAGAAAAUAA